AAUAUACUCUUGUGGAUGAGCACCGGUGUGCGCCAGGUUGACGAUGUUGCACUUUUGGCACCAUUCAUAAAAAUCGAACUCCAGCGAUCCUGCACCUGCGAUUUCAAGCAGGCGGUCACAACAAUAAACAAACAAAAAUCCCCUUGCUAAAUUUGUUAAAAAGGGAGAAAAAAAUGUAUUGCUUUGAUUCUGAGUUUUUCCGGAUUUGUUUACAUUGGUUCAGUGUUUAGUUUCAAUAGUAAGAACAUACACAUUCACAUUCGAGUUCUGCUUGCACUUAUGUGAGUCGUGACGUAUAGUCAUCGUGUUUUUGUCAAAGGCUACACUGACUGCGGAUAGCUCUCCAGCUAGAUUUGUUGCGGCAUCUUUAAAAUUCAUAUUUUGUUAGUAAUUACUUAGAAAAACUCAUUCGCAAUAGCCCACACUAUUGCAGGAAAGCACACGCUACCAUGGAUCACAUUUGGCAUCCUCAACUGUGACUUGGACGUCUGCCAUCAUUGCAUUGGAGUUAGCUAGUUAGCUUGCUAAUGCUAUCUAGCUAGGUGGUGGGUAGUUGUAUUGCUUGAUACUGUGUGUGCCAUUCGUGUUCCUUAUUUGGUAGUUUGUCUGUCAUAUUCAUUCAAACCAUUAACUCGUAGUUAGCUACGGUUAUCUGCGGCUAGUUGGCCUUGGCAUAACCACCUGCUAGUUAGUUAGCUAUUUGGAGUUGGAAAAUGUCAUAACGUGACAUCUUAUUUAAAAUCCUUGCUUUGAGUAAAUCUAAUUCAACUCAAAUUGGACAGAUGCCAGUGUAACGUCGCUUAUUUAACGAGUACAACUUCCUUCCAAUUCGGCCCAUACCUGGCACUAACUCGGAACCUCUGCCUUGCUGCCAGACGUGACCCCCCCCCUAAAGCGAGCCAGUCGGGGCCACGCGAAAAUCUAGCAGUUUUUUGGCGCAUGUGGGGACACUGCAGACUGAGGAAUAUUGCAGCACGUUGUGAUUCUUGAAACUUGAGGCACUCUUGUCAAGUACAGUACCAUGGCUCCCAAAGACAUCAUGACCAACUCCCAUGCCAAAUCCAUCCUCAAUGCCAUGAACGCACUUCGUAAGAGCAACACACUUUGUGACAUCACUUUGAGAGUGGAGAAUACUGACUUUCCUGUGCACCGCAUUGUCCUGGCAGCCUGCAGUGACUACUUCUGCGCCAUGUUCACCAGCGAGCUCUCUAGGAAUCAUCAGCUGUCAGAGAAAGGGAAAUCCUUUGUAGACAUUCAGGGGUUGACUGCGUCCACCAUGGAGAUCCUGCUGGACUUUGUUUACACAGAAACAGUCCUGGUCACAGUGGAGAAUGUCCAGGAACUGCUUCCUGCUGCCUGUCUGCUGCAGCUCAAAGGCGUGAAAAGAGCAUGUUGUGACUUUCUGGAUAGUCAGCUUGAUCCCACAAACUGCCUGGGCAUUCGGGACUUUGCUGAGACCCACAAUUGCCUUGACCUGAUGCAGGCCGCUGAGCUCUUCUCUCAGAAGCACUUCCCUGAGGUUGUUCAACAUGAGGAGUUUAUGCUGCUCUGCCAGAACGAGGUUGAAAAACUAGUUAAAUGCGAUGAAAUCCAGGUGGACUCAGAGGAGCCUGUAUUCGAGGCAGUGUUGAAUUGGGUUAAACACAAUAGGAAAGAGAGGGAGACGUAUUUAUCGGAGAUGCUGGAGCAUGUGCGGAUGCCUUUGCUCACUCCGCGCUAUAUCACAGACGUUAUCGACUCAGAGCCCCUCAUUCGAUGCAGUCUUCCCUGUCGAGACCUUGUGGAUGAGGCCAAGAAAUUUCACCUUAGACCUGAGCUGAGGAGUGAGAUGCAGGGGCCACGUACCCAAGCCAGAUUAGGUGCCAAGGAGGUCCUGCUCGUUAUUGGAGGAUUCGGCAGUCAACAAUCCCCUAUAGAUAUUGUUGAGAAGUAUGAUCCUAAAACUCAGGAGUGGAGCUUUUUACCUAACAUUGCUCGGAAAAGGCGUUACGUGGCUACCGUGUCCCUCAAUGACCGCGUGUAUGUGAUUGGCGGCUACGAUGGUCGAUCGCGGCUUAGCUCGGUGGAGUGCUUGGACUACACGGCCGACGAGGAUGGUAUCUGGUACAACGUCGCCACUAUGAAUGUACGGCGUGGCCUUGCCGGGGCGACAACACUCGGAGAUAUGAUCUAUGUUGCUGGAGGCUUUGACGGUAGUCGCCGUCACACCAGCAUGGAACGAUAUGACCCCAAUAUUGACCAGUGGAGUAUGCUGGGGGACAUGCAGACAGCCAGGGAAGGGGCUGGCCUGGUGGUGGCUAGUGGACUCAUAUACUGUCUAGGUGGGUACGACGGAUUGAACAUCCUCAAUUCAGUGGAACGGUAUGACCCUCACACAGGACACUGGACUAAUGUUACCCCCAUGGCUACCAAACGCUCAGGGGCCAGUGUAGCCUUGCUCAACGACCACAUCUAUGUGGUGGGAGGCUUCGAUGGAACAGCGCAUCUUGACUCGGUGGAGUUUUACAACAUUAGGACAGACUAUUGGACCACGGUAGCCAGUAUGACCACUCCCCGCUGCUACGUAGGAGCUACUGUCCUCCGGGGACGACUCUACGCCAUAGCUGGGUAUGAUGGAAACUCCCUUCUGAGCAGUAUCGAGUGUUACGACCCAGUGAUUGACAACUGGGAGGUGGUCACCUCCAUGGCCACACAGCGCUGCGAUGCAGGAGUGUGUGUCCUGCGAGAGAAGUGAGAUUUACCUCAGAAAGGUCGGAUGAGGCGGAGGAAGGCAGGCAGCUAGUCCUGAACCUGAAUUUGAUAUUUACGUGCCACUACUAUGGAGCGACACAGGGAUCAUUCACUUGCAGGCCAGUGUGCUAUAUGCCCUCCCCGAAGUCUCUUGAUUGAUUGGUUAUCAGACUUUCUCAUCUGAGUUUGGUUACUUCUGUGGGAAAACCCUUGGCUUCAAUGGAUAAGGGACAGGGGGUGUAUAAGAGAGAUUAGUUAUUUCAGUCUCCUCAUCAACAGUUGUGGCAUCUAAGAAGACAUCGAUCCCAACCCACUCGAUCACAUGACACUCUUUUAGUGGUUCCCGUUGUAGUGGUUACCUGUGAGGUACAUUUUUGACUCGUCUUUUAAAGUGCAAUAUAUUUCUCUACUUCUGUUAUGAACCAUGAAGCAGAAGAAACACAAGAGACUCCAGUUUGCUGCUGCUAUAUGCCUUAUGCCCCUGUGGCCCACAUUGAACCUAACAACCAUGAUGCCUCAUUAGGACUGUGAUGAUUGUUGUCAUACCAUCAAGUAUGAUGAUUAUUUAGCUUUUGCCAGGUUAUCAAUUAGAAAGCCAUUUGUAGAUUUUGUAAUUAUGUAUAAAGUGCUUUUAGAAACAAAUCACUUAUUGAAUAAUUGGUAUUUACCUGACACAGUCAUUAUUUUCAAUGUAUCAAAGACAUUUUGAAAUGAAUUACAUUUUAGGGAAAGCGUUUCAUAAUUGCACAUGAUUCCUUGCUCUUUUGCUAUUCUGUCAUCUUGUCAAAAUCACUUUGUCCCCGGCGACAGACUGAAGAACACUGCUAAUAGCAAAAAUGAUAUUUUUCAUGUGUGUAUGGUACAUGCAUUUGUCCACAGUGGAUUUGUUUGGACAAGAAAAAAAACUUGACUGCUAUUCUCCAGGGCAAGUGCAAAAUACUGACUAGUCUUUUGUUGUUACUUGAAAAGUGAAUAAAUAUUGUGAUAAUUUA